AGAAGUGUCUGUUGCAGAACUAGUGUCACCCUCCCUAGCCCUACAUUAAACACCCCAGUGAAAUCUCCCCAACAAGAUGUACAGCAAAUGAAAGGUAAUUGAACUAUGUGUGCUCAGUUUCUCUCUCCACUGUUGCUGUUUGACUUGUCUGCACUUUUUUUUAGUUUAGAUUGCCCUGCAUAAUUUUUCUCUUGAAAGUGUUAAAAGUCACUUCUGAUGACCCACAACUGACCAGAGAUGUAGUUGGGUUUUGUUUUUUUUUAAUAUUUGUUCUGUGACAGGAAGGUGACUGUACUGAAAAACUGCGAAUUGCUAAAAGCAACCUGGAGAUUAUGAACGAGAAGCUAAGCGUGCAGUUGGAAGAGACCAAUAAACGAUUAAGUUUUGCUGAGAGUAGGGGUCCGCAACUCGAGGGCGCAGACAGCAAAAGUUGGAAGUCCAUUGUAGUCACAAGAAUGUAUGAGAGUAAGAUAAAGGAGAUGGAGACAGACAUUACAAAAAAGAGCCAAAACCUCAACGACCUUAGACAGCUGCUGAGAGAAUCGACUGAUAAUGAGCAAAAGUUAUCAAAACAAAUAGGAGAACUGGAGGAACAGAUUGAAGUUCUUAAGCAUUUCCCUGAAGAAGCUAAAACAGAGCCAGGCCUGACCAGAGAACUUCAGUUACUAAGACUGACAAAUGACCGAUUAGAAAAGGAAAAAGCUGAACUUCUCCACCAUCUCAAGAUGUGCAGGAAGCAAACAGGUGAAACGGCAGAAGGCAGCAGUGGCACCAGUAGAAAUGUUUGCGACGAUGGAUUAGGCAGUAAAGAGGACAAGCUGACAGGAGAACUAUUGGAAUUGCAAACUCAACUCAAGGCAUCAGACCUAGAGAAACAGCAACUGCAGGAAGAGAUACAACAGCUGAAAAAAGAACUGAAGAACUUUGACCCUUCCUUUUUUGAGGAACUUGAGGAUUUGAAGUUCAAUUACAAUCAGGAAGUUAAACGGAACAUUCUUCUCGAAGAACAAUUGCAGAAAUUAGCGAAGCAGUUUGGAGUCCCAGUGACUAUCCCGGAAAAUAUUUCUACAGAUUAAGCGGAACAUCUCAAAGUUCAUUAUUAGAUGUUUCCUUUGAGAGGUUGAACUUAUCAAGUUCAACAAUUCUAUUUAUAAUUUACAGUACUUCAGUACACCCUUUCAGAACAGCUGCCUCAUUUAGUCAGAUCGUGCCUGAUCUCUCCUUGAAGUACAUUAACAAGUAUCUAGUAAUGUGUUUUAAAAGUUCCAGUUGUCCCUCAGCCUUUUUUCGGAGAAAAGUGCUCUCGGUUUCUGCCACCCAACUUUGUUUACCCGAUUGGCCAAUCCUACCGCCAUCUGACAGCAUUUAAUCGGAGGCUUUUUUCUUAGUUUAACCAGGGCUCACAUCCAAAGCAUUGUCCCUUUAAACGUUGUAUUUUUCCACUUUCCCAUCGAGACCAAACUUUUCAGAUCUUUAACACGUGCUCAAGCAACAUUUGAUGCUAGUCCAUUUAAAAACUGGAGCUCUGUGAAAAGGAGAGGUUAAGGUGCUGAAGGAGCAAAUGGUGCUCCUCACCUUUGAUGGUUCCUCCAUGGGAUUUCUAUAGAUGGCCAUCCAUAGAAGACCCAUCACAGAUGGCAAACCAAGCAAAUCGCAGGUGUGUGUUUCAUUCUCUUUGUAGUCAGGCUCCAUCCCAUUCACCAAACACUCAGCCCUCAGUAAUAGUAACUGGAUGAAGACAACAACUCAACUUUGAGCUUGAUUCUACAGCACCUCCCUGGCCUCAACCAAUGAGUAAAGCAGACGAGUGAAGUCAACAAAAUAACUUUGUCACAAUGCACAUAGAAGACGACAAGACCCAUGACAUGGAUAGAAUUUAACAUCUUAGCUCUGUUGCCUACCGCACGUAACAUUUAAAAUGUGAGUGAGCUCCUUUGGUUAGUGUUGUGAAAGCAAAAAGCUCAUCAGUCAGCACACUUCUCUCUACACUUCCUUCCCAUCCCCCAAUCUUUCAUUUUAAUCCUGCAAUCCAUUUUCCUAUUAUGCAGAGUGGGAGCAAACUUCUCCCAUCAACAUUCGCAAACUUAGAUAUGUACACAUACAGGAAUAAUGUUAAGGACUACUGAUCCAUUUAAAGAGAUCAAUGACUUUCCAUUCAGUACAGACUGGCUACUUAUUGGUCAAUACUUUUAACUGAGGCCUGUAAUCAAGAUGGAUUUUUGUGCAAAAAUUCAAAUCAUCUAUUUUUGAAUAGUCACACUGAAAAAGAGGCAAAAGUAUUUUUGUAGAAUGUAUUUAUAUGUUGAUUAUUGUACUGUAGAACAGUCUUCACAGAAUAAGAUUGUUAUUUAUUACAUUUACAGUUGAACAGUUUGUUAGAGGGAACUUUGCUCUGUAUCUAAU